CACAAUCAUCGUUGCAUGUGAAUGCUGUUUCGGGAUGCGGUGUGCUCUCACUUCUUGCAUUUAUAAGUCAAACCAGUCGUUCCUUGGGAUUAGCUGUACCAUAUGGCUUUCACAGGUGAAAUGCUGCAGCACCGAAGCGAACGUUGUGCAGACGACACAACUCCCGAGCAUCCUGCAAGGUCAGAAACCGGCGCCUACAAAAGCCCAAAGGAUCAGUAGAGCAAUGAAAGCUUACUUGGAACGAGCCAAAAAGUAUGAUGAGUUCAUUAAGAGAGAGAAAGACGAAUUUGAAAUUGGAAAACGGCACUUGGCCAACAUGAUGGGGCUCGACGUGGACGACAUGACACAAGCUGACAUAGACCGUGCCAUCGAGUAUUUGAUGCCGUCUGGUCUCUACGAGAAGAAAGCACGACCCAUGAUGAAGCCGCCAGAGGAAGUUUUCCCGAGGGAAAAAGCCGCUCAGUUCGACUAUACGGGCCGCCCAUUCCACUACCUCUUCUACACCACAAAGCCAAACUUUUAUGAAGUCCUGCACGAAAGUGUUUCCAAGAUGAACACACUCAAUCAGUUCGAGAGCCGAAUGAUCGGCAAAGGCGUCAAAGAAGCGUCUGCGGAAAAUAAGGUCAACUUCGAAGGUUCCGAAUGGCUGUCCAAGGAAGAAAUGGAACAUUUGCUCGUAGAAAGCCUCAAAGAACACCAGUACGAAUACUUCGUAAAGACGCUCGACCGACUGGCGAGCCACCCAUACUCUGCCCGGGAAAAAGAGUUCUUGAAGAAAUACAGGAAGGAAAAGUUGAUCGCCCUCAUCCACGAGGAAGUGCCGCCGCUGAUGUACGACGAACUUGGACGGCCGUACAUGACCGCCGAAGGCAGACGCAAGACGGCUCGUGCCACCAUAACCGUGUGGGGAAAUGGAACUGGCAAGGUGCGCAUCAACGGCUGCGGCAUAGAAUAUUUUGAAGAGAUGCGGGACAGGGAACAAAUAAUGUUUCCCCUACAAUUCACGGGACUUCUGCUUAAGGUGGACUUUGAAGCGACCGUCACGGAAGUGGAAAACGGGCCUAUGUGUCAGGCAGGUGCCCUACGCCACGCACUGGCUCGUGCCCUGCGAAGCUUCGUCUCCCCCGACGAGGUCGAGAGAAUGAGGCUAGCUGGACUCAUCAACGUCGACCGUCGUAGACGAGAACGAAAGAAGCCGGGUCAGGAAGGGGCCAGACGCAAGUUCCCAUGGCGAAAACGAUGAGCACGCUGCUGGUCCUCAACGAGGAACGCUUCGGAGAAUGGUAGCAUUAAUGGAGUUACUGAGUGACUGUUUCAUGAAGUAUGACCACCACUUUAUUUGCGUAACAAAGUUCAGAUGCAUCUAGACGUAAGAGCUGCAACGAAGUGAUUUGUUCAGAUAACUGAGAUGUUCCUAUAGCUUGUAACUUAAGUUACUCUCAGACAGUAAAAACACGCGCAAUAUUUGAA